AUGCUUUGGGGACCUCAGGGACCUCAGGAACCUCAGGACACACUGAACAAACACAGGCGAGGAGCUACAUACAGCCUGGGCCUCAGAGCAACAUACAGCCUGGGCCUCAGAGCUACAUACAGCCUGGGCCUCAGAGCUACAUACAGCCGGGGCCUCAGAGAUACAUACAGCCUGGGCCUCAGAGCUACAUACAGCCUGGGCCUCAGAGCUACAUACAGCCGGGGCCUCAGAGAUACAUACAGCCUGGGCCUCAGAGAUACAUACAGCCGGGCCUCGGGGCCUCAGAGCUACAUACAGCCGGGCCUCAGAGCUACAUACAGCCGGGCCUCGGGGCCUCAGAGCUACAUACAGCUGGGCCUCAGAGCUGCAUACAGCCGGGCCCCAGGGCCUCAGAGCUGCAUACAGACGGGCCCGGGGCCUCAGAGCUGCAUACAGCCGGGCCCCGAGGCCUCAGAGCUGCAUACAGCCGGGCCUCGGGGCCUCAGAGCUGCAUACAGCCGGGCCUCGGGGCCUCAGAGCUACAUACAGCCGGACCCCGGGGCAUCAGAGCUGCAUACAGCCGGGCCCCGGGGCCUCAGAGCUGCAUACAGCCGGGCCUCGGGGCCUCAGAGCUGCAUACAGCCGGGCCUCGGGGCCUCAGAGCUGCAUACAGCCGGGCCUCGGGGCCUCAGAGCUACAUACAGCCGGGCCCCGGGGCCUCAGAGCUGCAUACCUGCCCCAUACACAAACCUCCGUGUUGUUCCAGAUAAGAACAUACCGUACAGAGUCUGCUCCAAACCGGUUCUCGUCCUCGCAGCACAGACAGGUCAGAGCCCUGAGGGGGCGGGGCUUAAGGCUCACCGUGCGCUCUGA